UUGUACAUCUUUUACACGAGUAUUUCAUGGCUCUUUUAAAUUUAAUUUAUGCAUGUGUAUAUAACAUAUACAUAUGUAUAUAAAUGCAUUCGUUUAUACAGAAAGUAUUAUAUUAAUUGAUCGCGAGGCUAUUGUCAGUCUUACGGGAAAAAAUUAAGAUUGUGUAAAAAUUUUAUGUUUAAGUUUUGUCAAUUGUUCGUUAGAAAUUUAACAAUGUCAAUUUCAAAAAAGCCUGAAGUUGUUUUUAUUUUGGGUGGUCCUGGCGCUGGUAAAGGUACACAAUGUAAAUACAUUGUCGAUAAGUACGGUUAUGUUCAUCUGUCAGCCGGUGAUCUUUUACGUGAGGAACGUGUCAAACCAGGCUCUGAAUUUGGUGAUUUAAUUGAAAAUCACAUGGUAAAUGGUACAAUUGUCCCCGUAGAAAUAACAUGUAGUCUAUUGGAUCGUGCUAUGCAAAAUUCCAAUAAUCCACAUAAAAAAUUUCUCAUUGAUGGAUUUCCAAGAAAUGCUGAUAAUUUACAAGGCUGGACUAAGACGAUGGAGAACAAAGUAGAUCUAAAAGGAGUUUUCUUUUUUGAUUGUAAUAAGGAAACGUGUUUGAAUCGUUGUCUAAAUCGUGGCGCAGAAGGAAGUGGACGAAGUGACGAUAAUUUGGAUACAUUAAAAAAACGUUUGGAUAAUUAUGUUAUAGACACUGUUCCAAUUAUAGAACAUUAUGAACGUGAGGGACUCGUUUAUAAAUUUGAUUCAAUGAAAGAACCUGAAAAAGUCUUUGAAGACGUUGAAAAAAUAAUUUCAAAAAUUGGCUGGCAAUAAAAAAAUGUCUGCUAUAGCAAUAUAGAAAAUAUUA